CCUUGUCCCAUCGUUCACAAAGAUGUCGUUGAAAGAGCUAUCCUCGCUAGAAAAGGCUUUAGGAUUGAAAAAGCCUAACAAAUACAGUACUCAGGGGGAUAAGAAGGUGCCUGUCCUCCAGAGUGUUAAUGGGCCAGCUCUGGUUGGCUUGGUGACCAUCGCCACUCACCUGGUCCAGGAGGCCAAGCGGCCUGAGUUGCUGGGUGGGUCAGCAGAACACAAGGCUGUAGUGCAGCAGUGGCUGGAGUACAGAGUCACCAAAGUGGACGGAUGCCACAACGAAGAUAUCAAGACCAUACUAAAGGACCUCAACAGUUAUCUAGAAGACAAGGUUUACCUGGCAGGAAAUCAGUUCACCCUAGCCGACACACUCAUGUACUACGGAAUUCAUCACGUCAUCGUGGACCUGGCCGUCCAGGAGAAGGAGAAGUACAUGAACAUGACGAGGUGGUUCAAUCACGUCCAGCACUACCCCGGCAUCCGGCACCACCUGCCCCCCGUGGUGGUCCUGAGGAACAGAGUCUACACCAGCGGCCACCACUGAGGUCUCCUGUCCCCUGUCAGGGUGCACUGCUGGCUGCCAGGAUGGCCCAGGGCGGACUUGGGGGGUACACAGGGUGGUGCUGACAUCUCAUCAUCCCCACCUACCCAACACUACGGUCCCUCCCUCGCCUUCGAGACGUUUGAUGUCUUUUUGUUGUUGUUCGGAGUCUCUGUUUUUUUUAUGACUGCAGAUGCUGUCAGUGUCAAGGUGUAGGGAUAUUCUAGCGCUGCUUUCUGAAACUGGCUCCCUGAGAGCAUUCUUGCUGAUGAAUGGCAGUAGGGUUUGCUGAUACCUGUCAGCAACUCUUGUCUUUUCACUUAAAGGGAUAGUUCACCCAAAUUACAAAAUGACAUUGGUUUCCGUACAGCAAUCCAUCGUUUAGUUUCCCAUGCACUGUUUCCACAUGCUAAUGGUUUAGCGUUUGUGGCACAAAUCCCAUUCAAGUCAUGGGACUGAUAUUAGCAUUUUUUGCACAUCAUGUUCAAAUCAUCCAAAACUGUUGAGCUUCACAAACAAUUUUAGAUACUUUGGAUGAUUUGGACAUGAUGUGCGAAAUAGGCUAAUAUCAGUCCCAUGACUUGAUUGAGAUUUGUGCCCAAAUGCUGAAACGUUAGCAUGUGGAAACAGUGCCAGAGAAACUAAACCAAAGCAUAGAUUGCUGUAAUACCUUGUCCAUAGACUACUUACAGAGUAAGGAAACCAAUGUCAUUUUGUAAUAUGGGUGAACCUUCCCUUUAACCUGAGCCUUGAAUGUGAAAAAGUAUUAUUAAAAAGUACAAAUUAGUUAAUAGUUUGCUAUGUCGCUUUAAAGAAGUCCCUCUUGCAAUUUCAAUGUCUCAACAUGUUACUUAAACAAAACAAAAUAACUCCAGUCCGCCGAACUGUGUUCAGCAUCCUCCACAGAUCCCAGGUCCACUAUCAACUUUCCGCCCUCAUGAAUAUAGUCUUCAGUCUUAGUUUCCCGAGCUGCUGCCUCUGCUAUUCCACCAGCAGCGUGGGCAGCAGCCUCUAGUUCAGAUCAGAGUCACUCGAAUCAAUCUGUGUGUUGAUGCUGAAGGACAGAGGGCAGACUACCAGCUGCCAUAGAGGCCACAGUGUGCCUCUGUCCAAUGCUAGAGCCCUGGGUGUCAGCCAUGCAUUGUGUCAUUUCACCCUCUUACCCAUGGGGCGGCAAAUCAUUUUGCAACAACAUCCGAGUGAUAAUACACACUCACACAAGCUGACUGGAUUUAGCCAUUAGCUCUGUCAGCAGUGGGAAUCACAGCUAAUAUAUAUAUUGAAUCGCUGUGUUUGCACAACAAAAUAGUUGGGUUAUCUUUGACUUAAUUAUGAAAACUUUAUCCGAUGUGUCAAACUGUUAACUGGUUUAAACUGGCCUUUUUGUCCCUCCUAGUUUUCUGGUAUGUUCUUCCUAAUAAGCCUGCCUUAUGACGGCUGCUGCUUUACUGCUAUGGUUUGUGUUAUUUAAGUCUACAGAAGGUUGUCCUGUGCCAAUAAAAAUCAAAGGGAAACAAAGAUAA